AAAAAUUAAAAACAAGCGCCGCGCCAAUAACAAUGGCAGACUUUUUAUUAAAACGUAUUGCUGAAUGGAGUAGCAAUAAUGCUCCAAAAACGGAUAAAUACCCGUCACCUCCUUCUUCACCUGAACCAAACCCCGCAAUGUCUCUAAAACAACAAUUUUAUCAAGACUCUUCUAGAGUCUCCCCAAAAACUGGAUCUUCUCGUGGAUCAGAUAAUACUUUCGAUAACGUUACACAGACUCCAAUCGCUGGUCGUCUUAUAGUUACAAUUGUUGAGGGUCAAAAACUUAACGUUAGUAAUUAUCAAUCACUUCCAUACUGCGUAUGCGAAUUCGAACGCAAUGAAGUUGUUACUCGCGAAGCGAUGAGAGAUAGUGAUUUACCUAAUCAAAGGGGUAAACCAAUGGACUUUUUGGAUCUCGUCCGUGCUGCUACUUUUCCCGUCUGGAAGCAUAAAGUUGUCAUCGACGUUGCACGUCUUGAUAGUAAAGUACACGUAUCCGUUUAUGAGCGUGUACAUAAUAAUGCUCAAUCUGAAAACUUUCUUGGAAUGUUUAAAGUUCAACCACCAAGAAGACCUAAUCAAACCAUUGAUGCUUGGUUCAAAUUAUCACCAAGAGGUAAAGAAAAUGUAACUGGAGAAGUUCGCGUUCAAAUCUCUUAUGAAAAAAUUGAGAAAUCUCACUUAAAACCUGCUUCAUUUGAGAUCCUAAAGUUGAUUGGAAAAGGAAACUUUGGCAAGGUUUUCCAAGUCCGUAAAAAGGACACUAAUCGUAUUUAUGCAAUGAAAGUUCUUCAUAAACAAGAUCUAAUUGAACGUCGAGAGGUAGAACAUACAUUAGCCGAAAAAAAUAUUCUUAUUCAAGCCGAAGCCUGCCCGUUUUUGGUUGGACUUAAAUUCUCAUUCCAAACCCGUUCUCACCUUUACUUGGUUACCGAUUUUAUGAACGGUGGAGAAUUGUUCUUCCAUUUACAAAAUGAAGUUAGACUUAGCGAAGAACGUGCCAAAUUUUAUGCAGCUGAAAUAGUCUUGGCUUUAGAACAUUUACAUAAAUAUAACAUCGUCUACAGGGAUCUUAAACCCGAGAAUAUUUUGCUUGAUGCUACUGGUCAUAUCGCUCUCUGCGAUUUUGGUUUAUGUAAAGAAAACCUUGCCACAGGUCAAACAACAAACACCUUCUGUGGUACCUCAGAAUAUCUUGCACCCGAAGUCUUAGCAGAAUGUGGAUACGGUAAAUCUGUUGACUGGUGGAGUUUAGGAAUUUUAUUUUAUGAAAUGAUUGCCGGUUUCAGUCCAUUCUAUACAAAUGAUACUCAACUCAUGUAUCGAAGAAUCUUAUUCGGAAAACUUAAAUUCCCCAAAGGUUUCUUCAGUGAUGAUGCAAAGAGCUUAAUCAAAGGUCUUUUAGCUCGUAAUCCACAUAGUAGACUCGGUUCACAAAAUGAUGCAGAAGAAAUCAAAAAUCACCCAUUCUUCGCCAAUGUUGAUUGGGACGCAUUGUACCGAAAACAAGUCUCACCACCUUUCAAACCAAAUGUAUCAUCUGAUGAUGAUGUUUCAUGUUUCGAUCCUGCUUUCACUGAAGAAGAGACUGGUAUGGACUGGCCUGUAUCCAGAAAUGUAAGCAAAAAUGGUACAAAUGUCUCAGUAAAUAGCGAAAUCAAUGAUGCCUUUGGCGGUUUCACAUAUUCUGGAGAAUCAACAACUCACAGCGGUAUUACUUCACUUGGGUGUGGAUUUGAGGUUCCAGAUCAAAAUACUUCCUCCGGUGCUGGUAAUUGGAGACUAGAUGACUUGAGGUGUUAAACACUCUUACUCU